GAUAAGCGUUCAACUGAUCGUCAUCUCGCUAGCUGGCAGCAGUUUCUAUACAUAACAAAACUUAAAACACGUUUAUAAUUUUCGAUGAAUAUCUAACAUGAUCUAUCAGCUCGUGGCACAACAUCAGUGACAUCUGCUAACAUCUUAAGUCUGCAUCUCGCAGCUUCCGCAGCAUUUAAUGAAAACAUCAUGUGGUGUCGGAGUAUCCUGAAGACGCGUACUGUCUUCAGUAAUUCGUCCAUAUCUACCUAUGUGCAAUGUUUGAUGCUUAACAAUCACAGCAUUGUCACGUUGAGACAUCCAAAGCGACGGUCGUUCAGUUCGAGUGCGUGUGAAUGUACCGUCGGCGAUGUUAUUGAUCAAUGGAGUCGCCGAUUUGAGAGCGAGGGCAUAAGGGAGCCGGUAGAGUCGAUAGAACACAUAGUGGCGCACGUUAUAGGAACCAAGAAGAUAAUAGAUAUUUUGAACGUCAGAAAUGACCGACUCAAUGCAAGCCAGAUCGAAAAAUUGAAGUCGUUGUGCGAAUGUCGGUUAUCGAGAAUGCCAGUUCAGUAUAUUAUCGGCGAGUGGGAUUUUCGAGACAUCACCGUGAAACUUGUGCCACCGAUUUUCAUUCCUCGUCCGGAGACGGAAAUAUUAGUAGACUAUUUAUUGAAGAGACUGAAUUCGUCGCAACUCGAUAGUUGCGAAAUCCUGGAAAUCGGUUGCGGCUCAGGUGCAAUAUCAUUGGCUCUCGCUCACGCUUGUAAAAAGAUCAAAUGCAUAGCGAUUGAUGCAAAUCCUCAUGCGUGCGAUUUAACCAUGACUAAUCGGGACGAAUUGAACUUGACGAAUCAAAUCGUAGUAAUACACGCAACUCUAAGACCGGACGCAACUGUUGAAGUUUCCAAGAAAUUUAAUGGUGCCAGUGACGUGGAUCUAAAUUCAAGAUUGUUUGAUUUUGUAAUCAGUAAUCCGCCUUACGUACCGACGAAAAACAUACCAAAACUGCAGCCCGAGAUAAGGAUUUAUGAGGAUCUCAGGGCAUUGGAUGGCGGUGACGAUGGACUAAAAGUAAUCAAGCCACUCUUACGAUACACCGCCAGAGUAUUGAAACCUGGUGGACGUCUCUUUCUGGAAGUUGAUCCCUCUCAUCCCGAAUAUAUACAAUUUUUCACAAAAAAAUAUCCAGACUUUAAGCUCUAUCACGAACAUACGUACAAAGAUUUUUGUAAUAACGAUCGUUUCGUAGAAGUAGUGAAAGUUGCCUAAAGACACAACUCGUGAUAUUACAUUCACACGUACACACAUGUUUGCUAUUCCAAUAAAAAAAUUAAUUUUAUAUAUUAAUUUUAUAUAUUUUUGUGAUUAUUUUGUAUAUAUAUGUAUAUAGAAUAGAUUUAAUAAAAUAACGCACACGCGUUAUAUAUGUUACCUAUAUAAGUUAUAUUUAUUAUGUAUUUCAGUUAUAAAUAUGUUUCUCUACAUAUGUUGGACGGAUUGGAAUAACAAGAUAGUUAAUCCUGUACUUAAUAUCUUUCAUAAUUUUUUACAUAAAUCAAACUAAUUAUUUAUGAUUGUAUGAAAGUUGUAAAUGUAUUCUACGCAUAUAUAUAUAUAUAUAUAUAUAUAUAUAUAUAUAUAUAUAUAUAUUCUACAUGUAUCAUUACUUGUUCAAUAUGAUACUAUGUACAACGACGACUGUUUGAUAAGUCAAAUUUUAGUGGCACAAUUUUGUAAUCCAUAGCAUUGAAACUAAACGGAAUGAUCUUCUGCGAAAUGUUAGCGCUUUUAUCAUGACAUAUGUAAAAUAAUUUCAUUUUAUAUUAUAGUGAAAAAGUUU